CGGAAUACAGACAAGGGCGGUUUGUUUCUGCGAUUGUCUCAUUUUAUUCGAGACGUACUGUCUUAGUUUUCAAAAGUUUGGCCAACGUUUUUCGAAAGCCUGAUAUAAUGCUAUACUGAUUUGAAUUCUAGCCUACUGUCACACGCAUUUGAUUCAUAUGUUUUUAUUUUUACUUCGUGGAAAAAGAGCAAGCAACGCAACCAGUGAGUCUAGCCGCGCGCAACUCGACAAUCAAUACUCUGUCGGGAGUCUCUUGAAUUUGAACUGGACGUUCCUUAGUUCAGUCGUUCAGUUGGUCUCCUGAAGUCGAGGCUUUCCCAGACACUCGUCUUCUUAUUCGUUAGGUUUACCGACUUCUCAACACAGUGGGACAAGUUAUACACUAGUGUUUCUUAGUCAACAUUUAGCCUCGCUGAGUCAAAACACAAUCAUCCUGACAAAAUGACAGACAUGGAUAACAGCACAUGCCUUGAAUUGGCGUUAGAAGGAGAACGUCUUUGCAAAGCUGGUGAUUGCAGAGCUGGUGUCGCCUUUUUUGAAGCAGCAAUUCAAGCUGGAACCGAUGACUUGAGGACCCUCAGCGCCAUUUACUCACAACUUGGAAAUGCAUAUUUUUACCUGGGUGAUUACACCAAAGCCAUGCAGUAUCACAAACAUGAUCUUACUCUAGCCAGAACCAUGGGUGACAGACUAGGUGAAGCCAAAGCCAGUGGAAAUCUUGGAAACACAUUGAAAGUAAUGGGCAGAUUCGAUGAAGCUGUUCUCUGUUGCAAAAGACACCUCGACAUUUCCAGGGAGCUUACCGAUAAAGUUGGAGAAGGAAGGGCGUUGUAUAACUUGGGGAACGUUUUUCAUGCGAAAGGUAAACAUCUCGGCCGGCUGGGUCAACAAGAUCCAGGCGAGUUUCCCGAAGACGUGCGGAACUGCCUGCUAACAGCCGUAAAUUAUUACGAAGAAAAUCUUGAACUCAUGAGAGAAAUAACCGAUCGUGCUGCCCAAGGUCGGGCAUGCGGGAACUUGGGCAAUACCCAUUAUCUCUUGGGUAGCUUUACGCAAGCCAUAAAAUAUCAUCAAGAGCGACUGAAUAUUGCUCGAGAGUUUGGGGACAAAGCAGCCGAAAGGAGAGCCCACAGCAACCUGGGAAAUGCGCACAUCUUCCUCGGAGAGUUCGAAACGGCUGCAGAACAUUACAAGAAAACACUCCUACUUGCACAGGAUCUUGGAGAUCGAGCCGUCGAAGCGCAAGCCUGUUACAGCCUGGGAAAUACGUAUACUCUGCUUCGCGAUUAUCCCACAGCCAUCGAUUACCAUCUGCGGCACUUGCGUAUUGCUGAAGAGCUCAUGGAUAAAGUUGGAGAAGGACGUGCUUGCUGGAGCUUGGGGAAUGCACACGCUGCCAUGGGAAAUCACGAGAAAGCCCUGCACUACGCACAACGGCACCUUGAAAUAUCCCGCGAGAUUGGCGAUCCGACCGGCGAGGCGACAGCACAGAUGAACUUGGCCGACUUGAGACGCACGUUGGGCGUUGACGGCGACGGUGGUUGCGGCGGCAUGGGCAACUCAACGAAAGGUCACGCUUCCGAGGCCGACGACGACGGACUCUACGGAGCAGAUAGCAAGGCAAGGCGCAGGUUAAGCAUGGAGCGCAUGGAUUUGCUCAAGCUGACGCCGGAUGUGAAACAACUUCAUAGCAAGGGACGCCGGGAACUGCAUGAAAUGGAUCCUGUGUGGCCUAGACCGCUCGCUGGUCACCCGUUGGUUAGACGUGAUAUGCUGCCCCCGUUUGCCAACGGAGACGACGCCAUGGAUGAAGAGGAAUCCUUUUUUAAUUUGGUCACUCAAUUCCAAUCGAAACGCAUGGACGAUCAGCGUUGCUCGUUGGCAAUCGUAGACAACAAGGAGAACCAACAAGCAAGUACACUCCCGUCGAAUAUUCACGAGAGUCCCUCGAGAUUGAAGGAAGAUUUAAUGGACCUGAUCGCCGGCAUGCAGAGUCGCCGGAUGGAUGAGCAGAGAGCUUCACUACCGCGACUACCCGGCCUGAACAACGCCAAUCCAGACAUUUUACGUCGGCUGUCGGUGGAGCCAGCCGGCGAGGAUGCAGCCGCAUUGCCCGAUGAGAAUUUCUUCGAAAUGUUGAUGCGGUGUCAGGGCACGAGGCUGGAAGAUCAGCGCAGCGCCUUGCCGGAUUCAUCGCCUCGGCGGCACAGGGGGCCCACCAUGCCCGACGAAGAUUUUUUUUCGUUGAUAAUGCGACUCCAAUCGGGUCGACUCGAGGAUCAAAGAGCCGAAGAUCCUUCACCUCUCAUCGCUGCCAACGGAGCUGCCGCCACUUCCUCCUAGACGGAACGGUAUCCCUAACCUCUCGGAAUGUUUUACCCCUCCUCGCCAUCAGCUCUCAUCCAUGAUCGAAAUGUAUGUUGACAGUCUCUAUCAAUACCCUCUCUCCAUUUUUAUUCCUUUAAAAAAAUAGCCAUUCCCUUUUUCUUUUACUUUUGACCGAGUUUUUCUUUUCCAAAACUCUUCCAACUUCACAUCCAUUUCAUUCGCUCUCUGCCUCCUCCUGGAAGUAGAAAUCGCGAAAACAAAAUCUCACCAUUCCUCCUCUGGGAGGUUGGGCGACAAAAAACAAACAAACAAGGGGGUGGGGGCUUGAUUGUCCGUUCCCGCAUGGUUGCACACGAGUUCAAAGGAGUCCCUUUUUUUCCUUGUCUUCUUUUUCUAUUCCGUUGGCAGAGCAUUGUUCCUACUCCCAACGUGAAAGGCAGUUAGAAGACAAUAAAUAGGCCGUUUCCUCGUUUUAUUUAUUUUUGUCCCCAUCUAUUUUUUUCUUUCUUGGAUCUGCAGUGGAAAGUCAUCAUUGUUGUCGUGAAAACGAAAUUUUUUGUCAUGGAAGUUUUAGAGAUGAGAUUAAGUUGGCGACAGUGUGAGCAAGAAGGGGG